UCCUCUUUUCCCUAUCCUUCACUUCCGCUAACCCCUCUCUCAGAGGGAGGUUUAGAGCUUAUUGGUUCGGGCUCUUACUUCAACUGCUGCCGUUGCCGCUGUCGCCUCCUCCUCCGUCACCAUGAUUCAGUUUUUGCUAGGAUUUACUCUUGGCAAUGUGGUCGGGAUGUAUCUGGCGCAGAACUAUGAUAUUCCAAACUUGGCCAAAAAGCUUGAAGAGAUUAAAAAAGAUUUAGAUGCCAAGAAGAAACCACCUAGCUCUUAAUGCCAACUUGUAGUAAUGUCGUCUGGAUGCUUUCCUAUUCGGCACUCCUAUGCUGUCCUCCAGGACUGGAUGACUUUCUUCCAAAUGAGAUACACUGAGAUGCCUUUGAGCUAAAAUACACCCAUAACACCAAAAGUACCCUUUAUUACUUCUCCUGGACUCUUCUGAUCACUAUACCUGCGUGGGAGAUUCUGAUACUUGCAUCAUGGUGCUUGACUAGGAAAUGCUAGUUUUAAUUAGUGGUCUCCCUUGUUACCUUUAAAUUGUGAAUUUUUAGUAAUUUUUUAAGUUGCUUUUUAUAUGGCUGAACAGAUGGCAGUAAUGCUAAUUCUUUGUCUACCACACUGGAUGCUUUAUAAGCAUUUAGUGUUAAAUAAUAUUGUUCCAAAUCAAUUAAAACUAUUAUAGAGCAACUAAUUUUUGGUGAGUUCCAUUUAUUUUGUCAUAGCACAGCAUUUUUAUAAUUGUUUGUGUAACCAGUUAAAUAAUGAGCAAGUAUAUAUAUUUUUUUUUUAUCAGACCUCUUAGUUGUCCAACAAUAUAUGCUUUAGGGGGGAAAAGAAAUGGGAUGUUAAACUUGCUCUUGAGAUUAGUCUCUUUGGAAUGCUUUUUUCUAUAAUUAAUGUACUUAUUUUGUCCUAUAUUGCGUCUUAAAUGUGAUCAUUCUCAUUUAACUUUCUGUAAUUGUGUAUGAGUGAAAGGUUGUAUAUAAAGAAAAUAUUUCUUGCACCAUAUUUUUAUGUUUAUUUUAAUUAUUUCAAAAAUAUGUUCUUUGUGAAAAAAUUGACUUAUACAAUUUUUGUUUUACAAAUUCAGUCAUAUUCUGUCAUUAUGUUCAUUUAGUUUUCUUUCAUGACCCUUGCUGCUGGGGAGAUAAACUACCAAUCCACAUACUAAUUUAAAAGUAUUGUAUUUAUAGAAAGCCAAAAUUAAAUAUUUUCUGCUUUAGUGAGACUAACAGGAUUUUUAUUUAAUUUUUUUUUCUUUUUAGCAACCACAUUCAUGGUAAUGACAGAAUGACAUAUUCAGAUCAUGUAGCAAACCUACAAAUAGAAAGAACUAGUUUUUCAUGCUUUUAUACACACUUAGCAUAACAGUAUAUUUUGUGAUUAUAAA